GGCUGUUAGAGGGCCGCGGCAGCUGUCGGGUCUCCUCCCUUGCCGGACUUGCGCGCCCCGGAGCCCGGAGCCUCCGGCGCUGUGCCCACCCCGCUCCAGCUCGCGUCUCCCGACUCCAAUUAGCCCGACGGCCAUGGAGGCCGAAGAGACGAUGGAAUGCCUUCAGGAGUUCCCUGAACAUCAUAAAAUGCUCCUGGACCGAUUGAAUGAACAGCGAGAGCAGGACCGGUUUACUGACAUCACCCUGAUUGUCGACGGACACCAUUUUAAGGCCCACAAGGCUGUUUUUGCUGCUUGCAGCAAGUUCUUUUACAAAUUCUUUCAGGAGUUUACUCAGGAACCUUUGGUGGAGAUAGAAGGUGUUAGUAAAAUGGCCUUUCGUCAUUUGAUUGAGUUCACAUAUACAGCAAAAUUAGUGAUACAAGGAGAAGAAGAAGCCAAUGAUGUAUGGAAAGCAGCAGAGUUUCUAUAAAUGCUAGAAGCUAUCAAAGCCCUUGAAGUCACCCUGAGAUGGCCCAGGAACAAAGAAAACUCAGCUCCACUAGAGGAAACUACCACAGGAAAAAGUGAAGCAAAAAAAAGAAAGAUUGCAGAAACUUCAAAUGUUAUCACUGAGUCAUUGCCGUCUGUAGAAUCUGAACCUGUUGAAAUAGACGUGGAGAUUGCUGAAGGCACAAUCCAAGUGGAAGAUGAAGGCAUUGAAACGUUAGAGGAUGUGGCUACUGCCAGGCAGUCCAUAAAGUAUAUUCAGAGCACAGGUUCCUCUGAUGAUUCCGCUCUGGCAUUAUUGGCAGAUAUCACCAGCAAGUACCGUCAAGGUGAUAGAAAAGGGCAGAUUAAAGUUGAAGAUGGCUGUGCCUCUGACCCCACAAGCAAACAGGAACACAUGAAAUCACACUCCACUGAGAGUUUCAAGUGUGAAAUAUGCAAUAAAAGGUAUCUUCAGGAGAGUGCAUGGAAACAGCACCUCAAUUGUUACCACCUUGAAGAAGGUGGAGUCAGUAAGAAGCAAAGAACUGGGAAAAAAAUUCACAUAUGUCAGUACUGUGAGAAACAGUUUGACCACUUUGGACAUUUUAAAGAGCAUCUUUGAAAGCAUACAGGUGAAAAACCUUUUGGAUGUCCAAAUUGUCAUGAACGAUUUGCUAGAAAUAGCACCCUCAAAUGUCACCUGACUGCAUGCCAAACUGGAGUGGGGGCAAAAAAGGGAAGAAAGAAGCUUUAUGAAUGUCAGGUCUGUAAUAGUGUGUUUAACAGCUGGGACCAGUUCAAAGAUCAUUUGGUAAUACACACUGGAGAUAAACCCAAACAUUGUACUUUGUGUGACUUGUGGUUUAUGCAAGGAAAUGAAUUAAGGAGGCAUCUCAGUGAUGCUCAUAAUAUUUCAGAGCGUCUAGUAACUGAAGAAGUUCUUUCAGUAGAAACACGUUUGCAAACUGAACCUGUGAUAUCAAUGACUAUUAUAGAACAAGUUGGAAAGGUGCACGUGUUACCAUUGCUUCAGGUUCAAGUGGAUUCAGCACAAGUGACUGUGGAACAGGUCCACCCAGAUCUGCUCCAGGACAGCCAAGUGUACGAUUCACAUAUGAAUGAGCUUCCAGAACAGGUCCAGGUAAGUUAUCUAGAAGUGGGUCGAAUUCAGACUGAAGAAGGUACCGAAGUACAUGUAGAGGAGCUGCAUGUUGAACGGGUAAAUCAGAUGCCAAUGGAAGUACAAACUGAGCUUCUAGAAGCAGACUUGGAUCAAGUGACCCCUGAAAUCAUGAACCAAGAGGAGAGAGAGCCUACCCAAGUAGAUGCUCCUGAGGCGGCCAGAGAAGAUCACGAAGAUGCUGAGGGUUUAGAGACCAAAUCAACAGUGGAUUCCCAAGCUGAAAAGCCAGGAAAUGAGAACAGAACACCUAUGCCAGUUUUAGAAUGAAAUAACAAAUGAAUAUAUUUUUAAAUUUAUGUGUUGAGUUUUUGAACUGAUGAUGGGCAGUGUGACUGUCCUUAAGCUAACAGACAUGUGGACCAAAGUUAAGCUCUUUCCUGUUGUGCUGAGCUGUUUCUAUUGAAACAAACUGAUUUUCCCCGACUUGAUGCCACAGAGGAGGGCUCUUUCCCAGAAGUGAAUGGGAAGCUUUGAGAAGUAUAUUUCUGGAAAACUGAAAUGGAUUAUAUUCUUAUUAUACAGUUGGGUACGAAUGUAUCUAUUUUCAUUGUGGUAAGGGUUCUCCCUUCUGUCUUUGCCCAGUCAUGUCCUUCCUCAAGUUUUUUUCCCCCAUAUUGUAAAAUCAAACGUAAAAUCAUUAGAAUACAAGUUUAUGUAUUCUAAUGCAUGUUAGAACAUUUGAAUAUAUAUAGGAAACACAAGGCUGCGUGAAGAAAAGGGCA